ACAUGAACAACCUAACCUAGAAACUAAAAAAAUAUAAACAAAAAAACAAAUCAACAAAUUAUGCAUUAAUUCAACUAGUAAAGUAAAUAAGAUGUUAAAUAAUCUAAAAAACACCAUAAAAUUGACCCAAAGUGUUGUGAAAUUUUCCCAAAAAGUCGCCAGACCUUUGCCGUCGAAAAAACCCAAAGCACCUGGAAACGCUAUUCAAAGUUUCAUCGACGCUAGGCAAUUAAGAGUGGUCGGAGGCCAAGGAGGCGACGGUUGCAUCUCCUUUCUCCACUUGUGGAGCAACGAAAACGCCGGCCCCGACGGGGGCGACGGCGGUCACGGCGGCCACGUGAUAUUCCAAGCCACCAGUGACGUCAGAGAUUUGAGCCAAGUACCAACCGUAGCCAAAGCUUGUAACGGCGAAAAGGGCGGCAACAAAGAUUGCAAUGGUAAAAAUGCUGAACAUCUCUUACUAAAGGUACCAGUUGGUACUGUAAUCAAAAAUAGCGAAGGCAAAGUCAUUGGGGAUUUGAGCAAAGCCGGGUUGAUGUUUGUAGCUGCCCGUGGGGGAGCUGGAGGCAAAGGCAAUCACUUUUUUAUCACUGACAUUGAGCAAACGCCAAAAAUAUGCGAAUAUGGAGCAAUGGGUGAAGAUACAGAAUAUAUCAUAGAAAUAAGAAGCAUGGCUCAUGUAGGGCUAAUAGGAUUCCCCAAUGCAGGCAAAAGCACUUUAUUAAGAGCAAUAUCUAGAGCCAGGCCUAAAGUAGCCCCUUACCCAUUCACAACCUUAAAACCUUACUUAGGCAUUGUAGAGUAUGAAGACUACGAACAAAUUGCUGUAGCAGACUUACCAGGCCUUAUUCCGGACUCGCACAAAAACAAAGGCCUUGGGAUACAGUUUUUGAAGCAUGCGGAACGUUGUAUGGCCUUGCUGUACGUUUUGGAUGCUUCCCUGGACGAGCCUUGGACGUAUCUGGAAACUUUACAGUUCGAAUUGGCACAGUUUAGUGCAAAUUUGCAGGAGAGGCCCCAUUUGGUUUUGGCCAAUAAAAUCGAUUUGCCAGAGGCUAGGGAAAACGUGCAAAAAAUUAGAGAUAGGACUGGGCUGAAUGUGAUCGGGGUUAGCGCUAAAACUGGCGAGAAUUUGGGAAGUUUGUUGAGGGAGCUUAAAAUAAUUUACGAUAGGAAUAAGGAUAUGGAAGUAGGAGAAGAAGAAAAUAAAUUUUUAUAGUUUUUAAAAGUUGGCACCAUUGUUUUUUUAUUUGAAAUUUUACAUGGCCUACUAAGAUAAUGAAAGUUAUUGAGUUGCAGUGUUAUACUAACUGUAAAAUUUCGGUUUUAAAGAUGGCCUACUAGGAUUUGUAACUUAUCGGGUAUUGCCAAAUGUAAAUUUUUGUACCCAGAUAUUUGGCUCUAGUGUCGCCAACAAAUAAAGAUACGCAAUACUGUGCAUGUUUGAAAUUUAUAGUUAAAUUAGGGUUUGUUUGUUUCUGUUCGGGGCAGCAUUUCCUAUUUUUGGGCGUUCGUUUCUGAGCGUUUUACAUGGGUGGAUCUGCCAUAAUCUCAAAUAAUACAGCUCAGUUCAAGUGCAUAUUUAGAGUUUAUAGUUAAAUUCCUAGAACUGUUAAGACUUAUUUAGAAUUAGUCUGGAGCCGAUUCAAGUUGUACCGCGAACAAAGAACUUUGAACUGCAUGAGCGAACUUUUCCGAACCGAAGCUAUCACACUUCGAACCAGGGAUUUUAUUCUAUUCCAAACGAGUACUGAAUACGAAACUAAAACUCGGAACUUUUUUUACCACAUAAAACACUCCGAAUCAAUUUUUAAGGAUCCUAUUCAACUCUGAAAAGGUUCAAAACUGGAAACGUUCGGAAUUAAUCUGGAAGUGAUUCUAGUUGUACCGCGAAGAAAGAACUAUGAACUGCACAUGCGAAUAAUUGGAAAUCAGGAGGCGAACCACAAACAAUUGCUAUCGAUAAGAGAAUUUCGCCUGACUUCUCACCUCGUCCACACGUUAGUCGCCAAAACUGCCAACCCAAAUGUUCGUUUGGUGUGGCAGUUUUGGCGACUAACGUGUGGACCAGGUGAGAAGUCAGGCGAAAUUGUCGAGAACUUAUCGAAAGCGAUUGUUUGUGGUUCGUCUCAAGAACUAGUAAAUAUUUUCUUGAAUAAUCACAAUCCAAACUUUAGCUGGGAUCACGAUAAGUAGAAUUCUACUUUUAUGACGUCAGGUUGCUUAGCCUGUACUGUAUGCGAUAAAUAAAUCGCGGGUGACGUCAUGAAAGAAGAAUAAAUAGUUCCGUAUCAAAACUAAUUAAUAGAUUUGUGAACGCCUCCGAACGAAUUCAUAACUGUUUUCGGGUGUUAAGCGUCAAGACUCUAGAGCACUCCAGUCUUGACGCGCAUUGUACCCUUUAUAAAUAAAUACACCCGAACCCUUACUUUUCUCAGUUGAAUUUGACAAUGUGACGAUGAAAAAGGUUGGUGAGACAAGCACGAAGACAAUACGAUCAGCUCCAGAGUAUGAAAUCUGCCUAGACGAACGGGCUAAAGCGCAGACGAAGUAUAUGGGAGUAACUUUGGAGUGCUCAAACUGUGACACCCAAAAGCGGCUCAAAAAUAA